AUGAAUGUGUUAUGUGCCGAACACGAAAACAUUCUUGGAAUGUGUUGGUUACCCAAAGAUGACGUUUGGACAUCCAAGGCAAAAUUGAACUUUUCAUCGAAAAGACGUGGAAUACAUUUAGAAGAUGAUCUCAAGGAAGAACAAUUGCAUCUUAUUCCUGAUAAUCUAACUCACAGGAUGGUCCUUAGUCAGGUAGCAGGCAUUUAUCAUCAUCUAGGACUUAUUUCUCCAAACAUAUUAUCUGCGAAAAUUCUCAUGAGAAGCACGUGUUCCAAAGAAAUUCAGAACGGAUGGGAUGAACCUAUGAGUGAAGAAAUGAGGGUUAAAUGGAUCCAGUUCUUUAGGGGAUUGUAUGAAUCACAGUCAAUAACAUUCAAAAGAUGUAUUAUGCCAGAAAACGCGGAAGGUGAUCCAAUUCUUGUCAUAUUCUCUGAUGGAAGUCAACCAACCUACAGUGCAUGUGCCUACAUUAGAUGCCAGACUAACAAAAACACAUAUGAAUCAAAUAUAGCUAUCGGAAAAAAUCGAAUCGCUCCAACGAAGCAGUUGUCAACCCCUCGUCUCGAAUUGUGUGGAGCAGUGCUUGCAUCUAGACUUGUGACAGAACUGGACUUUAGAUUCAGCAAGAUUGUACAUAUCAUUGAUUCAAUGAUUGUCAGAGCACAAAUACAAUGA